AUGGCCCUCCCCAAGCCCGAGAAGAGCCCAUACGACGUCGUUGUGCUGGGCGCUGGCGUUCUCGGCCUCGCUACCGCCGACGCCCUAUCGGCCACCGGCCUCCGGGUCGCCAUCCUCGCUCGCGACCUCCCUGAGGAUGUCGACUCGGCAGCAUUCGCGUCGCCUUGGGCUGGCGCCAACUGGUCCUCGUUUGGCAACAACGAGAGCGAGCGUCGCCGCGACACGUUCACGUUCGAGGAGUUUGGCCGCCUCGCCAAGUCGCACCCUGAGAUCGUCACCCGUCGCCAGUUCAAGUACAUCUGGAACAAGGACAAGGGAUACUCGAGCCCGUGGUACAAGGAUGUCGUGUUCAACUUCCGCCCUCUUGAGCGCAGCGAGGUACCCGGCCCGUACUCGGAGGGCGUCUCCUUCGAGUCCUACACCCUCAACCCGCACAGAUACAACGCGCUCCUAGCCUCGCGCCUGCGCGACCGCGGCGUCCCCAUCGUUCGCAAGCGCGUCUCAUCUCUCGACGAGGCGUUUGCGCACUUUGGCCCCGUCGAUUAUGUCGUCAACGCAACCGGUCUCGGGGCGAAGAGUCUCUUGGGCGUCGAGGAUCCGGCCGUCUUUCCCGAUCGGGGCCAGACUGCGUUAGUCCGCGCGCCCAAGGUUGAUAUCUGCUUCGGCGUGCGCGACGCGAACAUGGCCGAGGGUAAGGCUGUGUAUGUCAUUCCCCGGCCUGGGAGUGGGGGAUGCGUUAUCGUCGGAGGAACGAAUAUCAAGGGCGAAUACAGCACGCUGCCGAGGCGCGAGAUGGCGGAGAGUAUCCUCCAGAACGCUUUUGAGAUUUGUCCAGAGCUCGCGAAUGGAGGAGCGAGCUGGAAAGAUAUCGAGGUCGUUAGCCAUAAUGUCGGAUUAAGGCCUGCGCGCGAGGGCGGCCUACGCCUCGAGAUCGAGGAGCGGAUGAUCCAGCCCGACGCGCUCGUCCCCGAAGGAGGGAAGAGCAAGUCCCGUCCCGUCACCGUGCUCCAUUGUUACGGUAUCGGGCCGGCCGGGUACCAGGCCAACCUUGGCAUCGCCGAGGAGGCCAAGGAGAUCACCCUCAAGUAUUUCAACAAGCAGCGCUCGCGGUUGUAG